AUUAGGGGAGAGCGGGGCUGAAAGUGCCGCGGGUAAAUUGUGCCGACGCGAAUAUCUCGUAAACAGAAAGAGAUAGAUAUAAGAUAGCAGUUAUUCACGUAAUGCCUAACAGUCCGGGACAUGCGCAUGCCAGUUUAAUUCCGUCCGCCGAAGGGACAGGGUGUCAGUGCAUGUGUGUGUAUUCGAGCUCUACAAUGAGGAAUUACAAGCGGAAAACUCAAAGGGGAACUACAUCCCAAGAUCUUCUAAAAAGAGCGGCUGAUGCAGUCAUCAAGGAUGGACGUAAAUUAAAAACAGUUGCACGUGAAUUGGAAAUUUGCCAUACAACUCUUCAAAGGUAUGUCAAAAAAAUUAAAAGUGGACUUACUCCUUCGGUUGGUUUUAAAUCUAGAAUGGUGUUUAGUGAAGAUCAAGAGGCACAACUGUCUGAGUACAUUUUGAAAAGUGCCUCUAUUUAUUUUGGUCUUCUACCAGAAGAAGUACGACAACUUGCUUACCAGUGUGCCGUGAAGUUUAAUGUUCAACACAUCCCACCAUCUUGGCAUACCAAUGGUAAGGCUGGCAAGGAUUGGUUUACAAACUUCCUGAAGAGGAACUCUACUCUUGCAAUAAGAACACCAGAAGCUACCAGUGCCGGACGCGCGAGCUCGUUCAACAGAUAUAAUGUAAAUCAAUUUUUCGAAAAACUUGGCGACUUGAUUACAAAAUAUAAUCUUACUCCUUCACGUAUAUGGAAUUUGGACGAGACUGGUGUCACAACUGUGUUAAAACCGAAAAAAAUUUUGGCUGAAAAAGGAACAAAGCAAGUAGGAGCAAUUGUUUCAUCUGAACGUGGAACUUUAGUCACUGUUGAGCUAGCGGUGAGUGCUCUGGGAAACUCGAUUCCGCCGAUGUUUGUUUUCCCGCGUUUGAAAUUUAAGGACCUGUUUAUCCGAGGUGGUCCUCCUGAGUGUAUUGGGGCUGGUAAUCAAUCCGGUUGGAUGACAAACAAAGAGUUCUUAGUGUUUAUGGAUCAUUUCAUAAAGCAUACUAAGCCUAGUCCUGAUGAACCAGUGUUAUUACUACUAGACAAUCAUUCAUCUCAUAUUGAUAUUGAUGUGAUCGAAAAGGCCAAGAAAAACUCUGUUAUAUUAUUAUCAUUCCCACCACACUGCACCCACCGUCUGCAACCCCUGGAUGUUGGUGUCAACGGCCCAUUCAAAGCAUACUGUUCUAAAGCUCAAAACAACUGGCUGAGAACUAAUCCCGGGAAAACUAUGAGCAUUUAUGAAAUACCAGGUAUUGUAAAAUACGCUUUGCCGCUUGCAGCAACUCCUAUCAAUAUAAGCAACGCAUUUAAAAAGGCUGGCAUUUGGCCCUAUGACCCAAAUAUCUUCACAGACAAAGAUUAUGCGCCGUCUUCUGUCACUGACCGCCCGAUGCCAGAAAAUCGACCCUCACAAGAUACAGACCACUUUCCUGUCCCUCUAAACAAUCAAGAAAGGACUGCUGAAUAUCUUAAUGACUCAAAUAAUGUCGGCUGCAAUAUAGAGAUUGAGACUACUCCAUCAAUUCUACAGCAAAGCGACUGCAGCGUUGAACCAUCAGGUAAUCCAGAACAUGUGGGACGUCAAUGCUCUCAGGAGACUACCCCUUGUUGCAGCUUCCAACUUCCUCAAUCAUCAGCUGAUAACAACGCGGGAGAUGAAAAUACAAUAAUUUUCUCACCAGACCUCAUAAGACCACUGCCUAAAGCACCUCCUCGAUUAGUUGGACGCAAUAAAGGACGUAAAAGAAAGACAGCUGUUCUUACGGACACUCCAGAGAAGGAUGCUUUGGCCGAAGAACAUGCUAAUAAAAAGAAGAAAAAAGAGAUUGAAACUACAAAGAAGGGUAAAGGAAAAUGCACGGGACAAGGUAAACAAGCAAAAAGAACGACUAAGAACCCCGCUAAGAGAAGAGUCUUGCAAGAUGAUGACACUUCUGAUGAGGAACAAGAUUGGUAUUGCAUCAUAUGUUGUGACGCAUAUUCUAAUUCUGCCCCUAGAGAAAAAUGGAUUCAAUGCAUAGAAUGCAAGAAUUGGGCCCAUUCACAAUGUAUUGACGAUGAAGAAAGCCCAGCAUUUGUAUGUCCAAAUUGCUAUUCUGAUCAGUCAUCUAUAGAGUAACUGGUUUUGUUUUCUCUAAAAGACCAAAUAUAAGUUUUUUAAUUUACAAUUCGGAAGAAAUCUUCUUUAUUUUUUUUAAUGUAGUCCUGAGAGACUGAUAUAUUCAAUAAUUGAUCUCAUUUGUUCAAAAAUAAGUUCAAAUUGUUGACUGAAAUGUGUUUUUAUAUUUGCAAUAGCUAAAUAAGUAAAGAUAUUAUGUUUUUCUUUAUUAUUAUGCUUAUUGUUAUAUAUAACUGAAUUUUAAGUUAUGUUGAUUAGUUAAAAGUAUAAGCAAUAAAUAUAUUGUUGAAAAAAAUUGUGUUUUUAAAUCCUAAAUUAAUUUUCAUUCACGUAAAACACCUUUAAUUAUCAACGGCACAACCGACCUCAGCUACGGCACAACUCGCCCCAAAGUGGGGUUGGUAGUGCCUUCCCGACUUUGCUUAAAAAAAUGACCUUUUCUUGAAAACCAUUGAAAUUGUGUCAAAUCUGUGAGUGAAUUCUUAUUGUAGAUUAAAUUUGGCUUAUGAUGAACUACUUCUUUCAGAAAUAGUACUUUUCUUAUCCGAAUCAUAUGAGAAUUUGUCAAAAUCGGCACGUUCAGCCCCGCUCUCCCCUACUGAUUCUUU